AACAGUAUCAAAUCAGUCCAGCAAGUGGAUAAACCUCGUAGCAAUGAAAUUCCUGAGUAUUUUUUUGGCCCUGUGCCUAUUCUUGGCCCUUGCCAUAUCGCCAAUUCGUAGCGAUGACGACGCUGAGAAAGAAGUAAAGACAAUCUGUCCUUGCCCCAGGAACUACGAUCCCGUCUGCGCCACCAACUUGAUCAGUUACCCAAAUCGCUGUGAAUUCGAUUGUGCUCGCCGCCAUUUCGAACGCCAGGGACGCAGCAUGGGAUUGCUGAGAAACGGAAACUGUUAAGCGAUGAAUCCCGUAAAAAAAUAAACAAAAAUGCCAGAAAAAUAAAAAAAAUAUGAAAAAAUA